AUGUUAAUUGCUAUGAUGAACAGCUCUUAUGAACAAAUUGUGGGUCAAGUAGAUGUAGAAUGGAAAUUUGCACGUUCAAAAUUAUGGAUAAGUUUUUUUGGUGAAGGUUGUACUGUUCCCGUACCAUUCAAUAUUAUACCCACACCAAAAGCAUUUAUGUAUAUGCUGAAUUCAUUUAGAAAAUUAUUUGUCAAUUGUUAUAAAGAAAAAUUACAUCGUAAUAAUUGGGAAACAAUUCGUCAACGCGUAAAACAAGUGAAGGAACGUGAAGCACGUUAUCAAGUUGUCAUGCGUGAAUUGACAAAGCGUUAUAUUAUGCAAAAGCUUAGAUCUAGUGAAAAUGAUACUGUUAGUCCAUAUGAUUUAAGUGAAAUUAAAGGGGAUAUCAGUGCUUUCCGACAUGAAUUAUUGGAUAUACUUAAAUCGAAUGGAAUGAAAAUACCAGACAGGUAA